AGGUCAUGGAUGUUGUGCUUGUCUGGUAAAUGAAUUCGACUAAUCAACUUGAACCUGGGUAAAUGUCCAAUCGGCGAACCCAAAAAAAAAAAAAAUCCAAAAAUCUCUGAUGUUUCAUAUGUUGAUGGUGUCCAGCCCGGCACAUUAAAAAAGAUAGAAGAAGCACCAAAUAUCUCUGUGUUAUUUGACAUUUGCUAAAACUUUUUUCUGUGUAUAAUUGUACAAAUUUUCAAUUCUCCUUAAUUUAACUUUUAAAUUAAUAUUCAUGCUUCAAAUUGAAUAUGUAUGAGUACAAUGAAAAUUCAUAUUUGUUUUAAAAACAAAGAGUAAUUUGAAACUUUUUCUGGAUUAAUAAUAUUUUUAUGUUUUGAAAGAUUUCAUUAUUUUGAAAAACAUCAGCUGUUGAAUCAUGUAACUAAAACACCCAUGUCAAAACAAUAUCAAAAAAUUCAGUGAAUGGCAGGAAAAAGAAGUUUUAGGUAUGAAACAAAUGGUAAAUCGAUCAUGAUCAAUGAGAAAAAACCAUUUUAUUCUUUAGACAAUAUACAACUCCGUUUCCUGUGUCCUAAUGAUUUAAAUGAAGUGAGGUCACUAUGCCGUGAUUGGUUUCCUAUUGAAUAUCCUUUUUAUUGGUAUGAAGCAAUCACAUCAUCUAGUACCAGCAGGUACUAUUCACUGGCUGCUGUUUACAACCAAACCAUCAUAGGAUUAAUUGUAGCUGAAAUUAAGCCAUAUGAAUAUUUUAUAUUAAAUGGAGAAGAUAGUGGAAUAUUAGCGAAAUGUUUAACUGGAAAUUCUGACAUGGCUUACAUACUUUCUCUGGGAGUAUUGAAAGAGUAUAGAAGAAACGGUAUUGCAACUUUAUUAUUAGAUUCAUUACUUAGUUACCUGAUUUCCAAUGAAAGAAGAAGAGUAAAAGCAGUGUUCCUUCAUGUACUGACCACUAAUUCAGCCGCUAUAAUGUUCUAUGAAAAAAGAAGAUUCAAACUUCACAGUUUUUUGCCAUAUUAUUAUUGUAUAGAAGGACGGUGUAAAGAUGGUUUUAUGUAUGUACUUUACAUUAAUGGUGGUCAUGGUCCCUGGACAAUUUACGAUUAUAUUAAAUUCUUGUGUGGCAAAUUAGUGAGUGGUGGUGGAUUUUUCCCUUGGCUCAUGAACAAGGCAAUUGAGUUGGUGUGGCGAGAAAACAAAUGCCAGACUGAGGAACAUCAAACUGUGAACUAGCCUCAUAACUACAGAAAACCAUUUCUUAUCUUGAAGAAUAAUAAAUGACAUUUGUUGUAAGUUUGUACAUAGAACAUUUAAUAUUUUACUAUACUGAAUUCAAUAUAUCACAGUUGAUUUCAUUAUUCUUUCAAAAGGUACUUUUCGAGAGCACAUAGCGAUUUGUGAUGAUUGUUCUCAAAGAAAAUCAUUUCUUCGAUAACACAUUAUCAUAUGUUUAUUACGGUUACACAAAGGAGCCUAAAAUACUUGCUUAUCUUCUACGAUAAAAUUUGUUAGAGGAGCGAGUUUAUAUAGAGAAUAAUUUUUUUUUAAAUAUAAUUUUACUAGUCAUUUCAAACUUAUGUCAUGGAAAGUACAGUCACAAAUAGGACCUAUAGUUGAAGCAUGUUCUAAAAUCUCAUUAACAUCACCAGUAAAAAACAAUUGAAUUAUCCUACAAACAACCUAUAUCAAAACUUCGAAAUGUAAAAAUUUAAUAGUGUUAUAGUCUAUUUUCAAAUACAUGCUUCAUAUAAACUAAAAAAUUCUUCAUUUUGAAGGAAAUCUACAGAUUGACCUGAACUACAUACAUAUUUUAAGUUAAUAUUGUACCUACUUAUUAUCUAUCAGUAGCUUGAUCAGCACUCAUAUAUUUAUGUUUACCAGUCUGUAAACGGCGAUAUUAGUGUCUGAUAUGCUGGUAGAUAUUAAUUCUUUAAAUUUAAUCACUAGCAGUAAGUGUUAUUAGAUGUUGCACCAAAUGUAUGAAUGUAACGAUUCCAAACUUUGUCCAUAACAAUUAAGUUAUUGAAUCUAAAGUUUCGAGUCAUUAACCUUCAGGCAUAUUUUCAGUUAUACCCAAUAGAACCUAAUUAAAUAAUUCGUUAUACUCUCACGCAUUUGUUUUGAACAUGGCAUUAUUUGAAUAUAAAUCUUUGUGUAAUUUUUUAGGCUAAGCUGAAUGCCUACUCGCUGACGCUUAUGUUGAAACGAAAAUAUUGUCCACACAAGGAUUUCGAGACAUCAGUAAAAACCCCUUUUACACUAUGCUUUUUUUUGUCUAUUUUCAUGUCUAUUUCUGGGUUGAAUUUCUCGCAGAUGUCUGGCAUUAUUAUACUACCAGUAAACCACAUUACCCUAUGCCUCUUUCGUGUAUAUUUCUGGACUGAAUUCCUCACAGAUGCCAAGCAUUAUUACAUAUUAGUCAACCCACAAUUUCUAUUUUCAUGCCUAUUUCUGGGACGAGUUUCUCACAGAUGUAGACAUAGUGUAAUUUUGAACUGCCUGUCAUACAUUUUUCCAUCGAAGGUGAAUUUCACUUGCAUUUACCUAAUUUCAUUUUGGGAACAUGUAUCGGUCAUUGAUAUUUUUUUAUCCAAUUUUUAAAUUCGUCAGUGAAAUCUAUUUCCAGUGAUAUUAUAUUCCCAAAUAAUUUUGACCACUAUUAAAAUUACAAUUUUUUCUUUAUCACUUCUUAUCUAAUCGCUACUUCUAUCAAUUUAAAUCAGUGAAUCAAGAGCUAUAUUUAUAUUCCACGAAAUACAUUAUGUUAUAAUUAUUUGCAUAACAAUAUAUAUUAUUACAAUAUUAUUUAUAAAUGCAUUUUGUUAGUAUAUCAAUAUAUUUUGAAUAAUUUGGUAGUUGAUAAGAUUUAAAUCUUGAACAGUUGUUAGAAUGAACAGCUGGUAAGGUUUCCAUCCCAAUUUCAAAUUAUAUAAUAAAAAUAGUUAUGGACAGUUUUGAAAAUCGUGAAAAUACCAAUAAUUAUAGAAUAUUACUUAAAACAGAGUUUUCUCCCAGUACAAGUACAUGACAGAAGUUGUUUAUUUCAAUUUGAUAUACAGUUAGAAAAAUUGUCACAUUGUAUGUGAGAACGGAUUACUUUUAUUUCCAAAGCGUUAUUUAAUAUUGGGAUUAUUCUCCAAGAAAGUAAAUCGGUAGAAAUAAUUUUUACUACUUAUAGCAAUUUUUGUGAUAAUGCCAUUUCAAAUUUAGAAUAAUCCCAAUGAAUAGAUAUUCGUCUAAUUUUAUUAUGUUCAUUGUCAGGGAACACAUCACUUUUUUUAAUAGACAGUGAUAAUUAUUACCAUUAUGAAUUAUUGCCAGCUUUAUCAAUAUUUUAUAAACAUAAAUGUAUAUCAAUACACAUUGUAUCAAUUCAUCAAAUGUUUUUAUUUGAUUUGAUUGAAAUAUAUUUAUUUAAUCGUU